AUGGAGCAAAACGUUCAAAUAUCGAAUGGCGUUCAGCACCCCGAGAUAAAUCCGAAAAAUGAUUUGAAAAGUAUAAACUCUCCUAUUGUGAUUAACGUGGAUGAAAGUGGCGCGAAAAGUGACGGUAUAAACAAAAUAGCGGACGGUGGUGGAAAAAUUCAAAAUGGCGAAGGUGAAGUGUCAAAGGACAUGCUUACUGUACCAAGGAAAGAGCACAGGAAAUCUUUUAUGGAGGUGGAGUGUGCGAAAGAAAGGCAGAGGUUGUCUUUGUUAAAGCAAUGUUCGGCCAUUUUGAAACAGGGUGAAGAAAAAUACACCAAGGAGUCUCUGCAUAGAACAUUCCAAGAUGAGACGGCGGCGUUUCGCACGCCUCGGAACGGCCGCGGCGUUGCUGGCCUCGAUGGAGUACCAUUUUAA